AUGUUCUCGAAGGCUCGUCUCCCUGGGUCUAUCAAACCGCAGUUCCUGCUGUGUGUUCUUACCCCCUUUCUGGAUGCUACUUAUGAACGUAGACCCUCUGGGAAAUUCCCUGGUGGUCCAGUGGUUAGGGGGGCUUCCCAGGUGUGGCUCAACAGUAAAGAAUCCGCCUGCAGUACAAGAGACACAGGAGACACGGAUUCAAUCCCUGGGUUGGGAAGAUCCCCUGAAGGAGGGCAUGGCAACAUGCUCCAGUGUUCUUGCCUGGAGAAUCCCGUGGACAGAGGAGCCUGGCGGGCUACACUCCAUGGGAUCGCGAAGAGUCAGACACGGCUGAAGCAACUGAGCACGCACUCACCCAGUGCUUAG